AUGGCCUUCUUCCCUCGCAACCUCUACCACAGCCACCACCCCAACACCAACACCACCGACGGGUCAUUCACCCCGCUCUUCAGGCUCCUCGAUGACUUCGACAACUACUCCCGCCAGGGCGCCCCGAGCACCCGCCGCCCGGGCCUCCAGACCUGGCAGCCCAAGUUCGACAUCCGCGAGACGGCCGACAACUACGAGCUCCACGGCGAGCUCGCAGGCCUGAGCAAGGACGACGUCCACAUCGAGUUCUCCGACCCCCAGACCAUGCAGGUCCGCGGGAAGGUCGAGCGCACCUACACCGCAGGCACCCCGCCCGCCGGACUCCUGGGGGGCACCUCGGCCAUCACCGAGGGCGGAGAGGAGAAGCACGACAGUGCCCACAAGGUCACCGUCGAGGACGAGUCCGAGGCCAAGGAGACCGAGUCCCCAACCGGCGAGCCAGCACCUGAGAAGCCCGCAGCCGCCGCCGACAACGCCAAGUACUGGCUCACGGAGCGCAGCAUCGGCGAGUUCGCCCGCACCUUCAGCUUCCCGACCCGCGUCGAGCAAGACGGCGUCACCGCCAGCCUCAAGGAUGGCAUCCUCAACGUGACCGUCCCCAAGGCCAAGAAGUACGAGUCUCGCCGCAUUGCAGUCAACUAA